UGUGAUUUUAAAGCGCUCCAGUCAACACGUACUAUGCGAUCAGUUUUGUCAUGCGCACAAAGGCCUAACCAGCUACAAGGUAAAUUUGUUAUAAAAAUGUCAAAAUACGGUAUAGUCACUUACCAAAGUCGAAAGAAAACUUCCAAUGGAAAUGCCCAAAUUGAAUUUGACAUGGCGUUGAAAGCCAAAGAUGACGAAGAGAAACGUAUAAAUACAAAGAAUGUGACUCAUUUUGACAAAGCAAGUGGAGCUAACGUAAAGAAAAAGAAUAGACCGACAGUGAUGAACAAUAAACGGAAAUUACAUGAUCUACUGGAUGAUGAUUUAUUUGGGUUCAGAGCAGAUGAUUCUCACGAUUAUUUACAUAAAAAUAAUGAAAAUAAAAUUUCAAGACGAGAUGCAUCAGUUGUUGUAAAGAACUUGGAUAUUUUUGAGAAAAAAAAAUCAAUAGAUAGCCAUCAUGAUCUAGGAAAAUGUUCCUCUAUCAAUUUAGAUUCACCAGUAAAAAGUAGUUUAAAAUCACCACAAAAGACAGCAUUGAAAAAUGAGGUUGAGAAGAAAGUUUCAUUUAACGUAAGGGAAUUUGAAAACACCAAAGAAACUGAGGAAUGGAGUGAUACUAAUGAUGAUGGUGGCAGCAAAAAGCAGUCACCAUUCAAGCAUUUUCUGAAGAAUAAUAUCACAUCAUUGUCUCCAAAGAAGAGUAGAUUGGAUAGAAGAUUUUCUGCUUUGCCAACAAGUAUGAUGGAAGAAACAAUCAUUGACAUAAACUAUGAUGGUGGAAAAGAUGCAAAGCUAUUGGAAACAUCACCAAAUAAUGGUUCCACUUCAAGAGUUAGAGUAAAUCGUGAUGAGAAGGAGUUGUUUACAGUUGUGCAAAAUGUGAAACAUAAGCAGGAAUGUUUGGAUGAUGGUGAAACACAACAGUUUCUAGAUGAUAUCCAGUUUUCUUUGGAUGGUUUGAGAAAAGAUCUAUCAAUGUCAGCUCGAUGUUUAAGUGCUCUUGAUGUAGCAAAGCUAUGCUCAACACCAGCAUUUCGGGCUAAUUUACGUGCUCAUGGUUUGGUGUCGAAAAUAUUUGAAUGUUUAAAUGAUGCACCUUCCACAAAGAGUCUUGCUCUGUGUCUGUCAUGUUUGUUUUAUGUAAUGACAAGAGAUAAACUGAGUGUGGACUUUGACCAGUCUAUUUUAGAGUUAUUAUUGAAGUUACUCAUGGGUGAUAGACAUGGUGAAAGUUGUAGAGGUGAUGAGAAAAAAGUGAGCUAUGAAGAUAUUGUGAGAAGAACAAGACAAAUUUUAACCAGGUUAAGUCAUUCUCAUACAAUGAAUCUUGACUUGGACGAUAUAUCGUCCAAAUUGUUGGCACAAGAGGCGUUGUUGUCACUGACAACUCAGAGAACCGGUGAUUGGUUUAAAGAUGAAGUAAGAACGUUGGGUGGAAUUGAUUAUAUCAACGAAUUAGUCUUGAUGGACGUUGUUGCUUUUAAAGACAAAAAUGAGGUCAAUUUUUCGCAUUACGACAAAAUGUUUGAAAAUGUCAUCAGAUGUUUAAAGUUUUUAGAAAAUGUAACGUAUCAACAUCAAAUCAAUCAAAAGCAUGUCGUUAACUACAGAAAAUCAUCUUUAAUUGUGACAUUAUCCAGAUUAUUAACACUUUGUAUUGAUGGUAUUAUUGAGGAACGCAUUGGCUCAGAUAGCAGUGUUUUAAAAAUCGUUAUGAAAUGUAUAAAGAGUAUUCUUCGUCUGUAUUUAAUCGUGACUCAUGAUAAUGAAGAGGAAUGCACAAUUAUUGGAGAGCAAAAUGGACUAAUAUCAACAUUGAUGCAGUGUGUUUUUAAGAUAUCUCAUUUAGUGUCAACGGAGGAUCAAUUUGAUUUGCUAGUGUUGGAUUUAGGAUUGUUGAUAAAUUUGAUGGAACACAGCAAACAGAAUGUAGCCAGAUUGAUUGUUCUUAACGUGGAAGUAGAUUUUGACAGCAAGAAACAAAUAUCAGCUUUAGAAGCUUUGGUGAAAGUGUUUCUUAUACGCGAGAAAGCUGCCAGGAAUAACGAGACGAUAAAUAACUUAUUCAAAGAUGGUCGCAAGGGUGAGUUGAAACGAACCAAAGAUGGAUCUGGAUGGAUCUGUGGUGAUGAUAUAGACAAUUCACGAUGCGAGGAUAUUGAACAACAAGAGAAGACGAUGGUUGCAAAGUCUUUGGAUGAUGAAAUAGGAGAAGUGUUAAAGAAAGCUGGUGAACAUAUGGAAGACAGUAUGGUAGCAUCGUAUAUAGCGUUAUUGCUUGGUUGUAUCGCAAAAGACAACAAAGCAAAUCAGUCAGUCAUCUGUGAUUUAAUGCCGGGAAAUACAUUUGACUUGAUGAUAAAUAUUUUAAAGACAUUUCUGGUGUUUAUGAAGUUAACUAGUGGAACGACCGGUCAAGCUAUUGAAAACGUUAUAAAUGUUCUAGAGAGUUGUUAGUAUAUUUGGUAUUUCAAAGCUCAACAUUAUGUCCACAUUUAUUCCAUUGUGCUGGGAUCUGUGCAAACGAAGAAACAAUUGUUAAGUAAGGACUAUAAAAUUGUCUUUUCUUGUACGUAUAUUAAAUAGUAGUUAUUAUAAAUUCAAAAAUUAUAUAAUGACAUAACAUUA